CGAAAAUCAUACACCUGACGCCCGGACUUGCUACUCAGUGUGGAUUCAGCUUUAAAUUCGACCCCAUGGGGAAUGCCAUGUUUUUUGCUUCUCUUCAAAACUGCUUUUCCCGAAACAUGGUAAUACUAUAAACACUAGUGUUUGCUUGAACUUCAAAUUGACAUUUUGUUGCAAUUUCACUGCAAUUGGAACCAUUUUAUUUAACAUUAUUUUGACAUGGCGUCAUGCUGAGACCAAGCUCUCUUUUACAGAUGAGCCCUAGAGACACCUCAAUAUUCACAUCAAUACAAGAAAAACAAAGACAUUAUUCAGUAAAAAGGACCUCAAUCAGCCUUUUGAAUUGCUGUAGAGGCACUAAUUCAUCAAAUUUUAGAGCCUUAGAUUAUUCCACAAGUAAGGUGGCAAAAACAUUUUAGCAGAUUUACUUAACUCUGGCUAUCGACAGGAUCUCCGUAGUUAGCCAUCCCUGAGACUGGGUCUGGUAUCUCGUACCUGUAAGUUAACAGUAAAGUACAGCGGAAGUGUAUUGAGGAGCACUCUAAAAACAGUACAAUGUAUUGAUAUGAGACUUCAUAGGGCCAGCCUACUUUCUGAUACAGAAUGCAGUGAUGUGUACUACUGAGCCCAUCUCCCAUAGUAAAGUGUAGUGUUGCUUCAAUACAGUGGCAGCUGCGUUCAUAGACAAUUUUGCCAUAGUCUAUAACUGGCAUGAAUGUCAACUGAAUUAUUUAUUUUCUGCUAUAUAAUGAAAGGCAUUUCCUUCAUUUUAGGAUGAUAAGAUGUUCAGCUUGGUCAUACAGUUUAGGCUGCCAGGAAACCACUUGACUGAAGACCCUGUGUAUAGAGUGGGCAAAACUUGUAGCUACACCCGCUGGUCCUCCCGAGAGAUUCUGUGCGACCGCAACUACAUGGAGGCAAGUGAGCAGAGCAUGCCCCAAUGGAGAUGUUUACAGUCGAGCUUGUCCUAACUGCCUGUAUGAAUGAUCUGUCUAGACCUAUAACUCUCCAGUGUUUAAUUUAGUCUGCUUCUAUGAAACAAAGUAGAGGCCUUGGCCCUUUCUCAACUGUGUGUCCUUGAUUCUGCUCGCCUCUUCAAACUGCACAUAGGACAACUUUAGAGGAGAGGACUCUUGGCCUAUUCUCAAUGCAUUUGAGGAGAGUGGACACAGAUUGAGAAAUGGCCUUUGACUUGAUUUCUUAUUGUACGGGAGGGAGAAAAUGGUUAGGGAAUAAUGGCCUUUCUCCCCUAGGUGUCUGUCAGAAGGACUCUUCCAGACAUCCAAACCUUCCCUGAGCAGCCCAUUGGAGGCCCGAAAGCAAGGAGCGGCGACCUCCGGAGAGGAGCUGAGGUAGCCAUAUUUCAGUAUCUGUAAUUUCACUACAAAAAUGUAAGGAUGGCGCUGAACAGAAUUUGUUUGUUGACAAUUUGUUUCAUUCAUGUUUCCAUUUCCUGAGACAGGCUGUUGCUUCAGGAUACAAAAUGACAGCAGUGGUCUUUAGUCCUAGCAAGAAGGUCAUGAAGGUGGAUGAGGUCCAAAGAAAGGGCUAUGCAAUAGCCAACACUCCCACAAGGCUAGUGUUAAGAAGCCCCCAUAAUGCAGAGGAGACGUACCUCCAGAAUGUAAGAUGACUUUCUCCACUUCCUCCAUGAGCUCCCCCCCCCCACCCUGGUUUUAUAACUGGGUCAUGUUCAGUAGAGAGAACAUUUGGAAACAGUGGCCCUACCUGAACUUGACAAAGAACCAACUUUUUUGCAACAUAUUUUAAUACGGUGUACCCUACUGAACACGGCCCUGGUGUGGUUGCCCCCUGAACAGGUAGCUGGGGUUCCGAUGAGGGUGCUCUCAACCUCAACCUUCUUUGCGCAGAAGUGGCUGGUUACUCGAGUAGAUGCAACGGCUGUUUGUCCAACACCAGGUUGAGUGUGAAAUAAUGGAGGAACUUGGGGAGAAUUACGAUCCUAUAAACCAGUUAUUAAUUGGCUCUAGACAAGACUUUCAUUUGUGUUUUAUGUAGUUUCUGUCAGUAUCUGGGUAUUGUUCAGUGGGGAAAAUGUUUUGAAAUGGGGAGGAACUAACAAUUUUUCCAAUUGGGGCACAUUUGUUUUCAGUUGCAAAAUGUUCUGUUACAUGUGCACUGGCCUACUGAACAUGACCUUGGCUUCUUGUUUCACUGCAGGGGCAGUGGAAUUUACCCCAGAAGUGAUCACCUGGUACAUGCCCAGGCACAUAGACCCACUUAUCUCCUCUGAUGCCUUCACCAUGUUGGAGGUCUACAUGGGAAUUGACGCUAAGAGGCUGGACACUGAGGAAAUGGCUGCCAGAAACUACUCGGUUUUAGUCACGGAGGCUCAUAUUAUUGUUGAAAUUCCGGUGGGGGCGGUUGGCGGCUAUUUCAAGGUCAGCAUGGGAUGACGAAUGUUCUGUUAAUUGUAAAUCAAUCAAAUCUUAUUUAUAUAGCCCUUUUUACAGCAGCAGUUGUCAGUGCUUUGCGGUAACCCUUUUCCCAUGAGAGAUGGGGAAACUCCUAGAAACAUUGUCUUGUGUAAAAUGUUUCUUGCGCAAAAUUACUAAUUGUCUGAUUUAAUCAGGCUAAUACACAAUUGGUAUAUACAGCCUGACACAUUGGAUUGCAAAAUCGUGUAAAUGUUCCUUACAAGCCAGAAAGUUGACUAAAAUUACAUUAAAACUUACUCUACCGUUUGUCAUGCGGCCGCUUGAAAUUUGAGACAAAAUAUCCACAGGAAAGUAUUGUUUACCCAACUUUUUAGAGCUGGUAGGUUUGCCGCUGAAUGCAAGCAACGUUCGGUUACGCUCUGCUAUUUACAUAUUGUGCAAGUAUUUACUUUGUGAGUCCGUUGACUGAAAAUACAAGCCGACAACAUAUACCUACCACCUCAAGUCUGGUAAACAAUACUUUCCUUUGGAUAUUUUGUCUUAAAUUACGAGAGGCUGAAGGACAAACCACACAGAUAACCGGUAGAGUAAGUUUCUAAAUUUUAUUUAACAUUCUGGCUUAUGAGGAACAUUUUACAUGUUGCACUCAAUUGUGUAUUACAGCCUGAUUUUGAUCAGACAUUCCUAAAUGCAUCACUUGUCUCUCCCGUACAGAGCCAUAUUCAGGAUAACCAGUACUUUGUCACUUACACCAUUGAGCCCAUGCUUGAGUUGUUGUGGAUCGAGGAGGUGGCACACGAGGACACCAGAUACAAAGUCCUCUUCCCUAUCACAACACCUCCGAUGGCCAGGCCGCCACAAGUUCGCAACUGUGAGUUUAGUUUAAUGGUGCUUUUGGGCCUACGGGAAGUUGGGACGCCUGGGUCGUUCAUUAGGCACAACUGAAGAAAAUGUAUUGAAACGGGGAGGCCUUACCCGGACUUCUCCAAUAACAAAUGCUCAUUUUCGAAUUCCAUUGUAACUCAAUUCAAAAUGUUUUCUUUUGUUUGCCACUGAACAGACACGCCCUUAGACGCAGUUCCUGAGCAGGCAGUGUUUGUGUUUGAGUUGGGGACCUUCAACCUUGAUGUGGCGCUGCUGAACAUCACCUUUCCCACCGUGGUGCUAACUGUUGCAGAGUGCAACGCCAGAGGCUUCAAUGUUCAGGAGCAGCGAUCCCUGGACAACACCUUGAAGACCUUCAGGAUGGAGGUGCCCUUCUCAGACCCGGUGGUCUUUCAGGAGGUGUGUUUCUGUAAAAGCAAAGUCACAUGCAGUAAUUUGUGCAUGCCCUAAAGUGGGUGAACAACAAAAUAUAAAUAAUGGAGAGAAUGUACCAAAAAUACUUUCUAUCCCUCAUUUACUCAAGUGUUUCCAUUAUUUUGGCAGUAGUAUGCGUUUUCACUUGCCAAUAGUGCUUGAUUUUAUGAUAGAUCUACAAGUUAGAGGAAUGAGGGCAACAUUACUUUUUGUAGUAUAUCGUUUUUAAUAGUCCCCAUAUGUACUUAGUUAUCACUUGCUGUUGAAUAGAGUUCUGUUAUCAAUUGACCAAUGCUCUUAACUUCACUACAGAAAAGGCCGGAACAAGGUGUCACAACCUUCACUCUACAGCUGAUCUACGGCCUGGUCAUCUUGCCAGAGUACACCACUUUCUCUCACUCUGCCGUUGUGGAUGCUGUACUGCUGGACAUUGGUAUGUAACUGUGGUCUCUGGACUACGCUAAACUACUCUUGAAUGGUUUCCUCUCGUUUAAUGAUUAAUCUGAAAGGAAAUUGGCAGUGAAAGCCAGAUGGUUGACUUAAAAGCCCAACUAGCCAUACCGUAGGUUUUUUCCUAUGCGUUCUCUUCAAAGACAGUAUUAAGCUUUAGAGUAUUUGGACCCAGUGUCCUGUUCCUGAUUUGCCAGGAUCGUGGUCAUUUAGUCACACCAUAGCAAAACAUUUUCAACUGAGAACAAGGGUUUCUUCUUGGACAAGUUCAAGUAGUACCUCCAUGUUUUUUGUGCUUAAUGAACACAACCCUGUUUGUCCUUGUAGUGCCACCCUCAGUCACUGGCAACUGUGAUCAGGAGAACUUCUACAUCACCGUGGACUACAGGAACCAAGAGCCCUUUUUCGUGGUCUUGGUUGGCAAGCGGCUGCUUAGCAAUGAGCUUGCUCAACAGUAUUUAACAGAGGGCGACGCAAACUUCACCAUCACGUUACCCUUCUCUUCGCCGGACGCAGUGUUUGAGGUACGAUGCUCUCCCAAAACAACAUGUUAACCAAAUUGACGCAACUAGCCUCGCUUUACUUACCCUGUAUACAUGCAUACUAAUGAACUCUCCCAUCGGUUCUCAGUCGGUUCACUCGUCCUCUGUCAGGAGCAGACUGGAUGUGGCUCUCUUGAAUCCUUACAACAACAUGACCCUCAAAUACUUUUCCCUGGCUUGCAGCUUCCUCAAAACACUGACUGGUUGGUUCUCAAACAAUUAAUUCAGAUAACUAGUCAUAUGAUAUGGCUACCAAACCUGGGUUCCUUCCAAUUACUGUUUGAGACUAAUAGUGCCAGAUGGCCAUGAUUUGCACUUUGGGUGCUGUUCUAUUGUGCUAGGUAAGCUCAAUUAAGUAUUGGCAAUAAACAAAUACUAUUUGAACCCAGGUCUGAUAGCUACCUGUCCUUUGCCCCCCCCAAGAGUGUUUCUCUAACGGGACGAUGACUGCGCUGGCGGUGAAGGUGGAGACUGCUCCCAGUCUGAACCCCGGUCUGCUGACCCUGAGCGACCCUGCCUGUGGCCCCACCUACAGCGACGACCGCUUCGCCUACUUCCACUUCACUGUUAACUCGUGUGGCACCACCAGGAAGGUAAAAUUACUGUAUUACCCUGAGGUGAUGGGUACUGUAUUUACAGACUGUUUGCUUCUGCAGGCUGUAAUAAGUCAAUGCCCCUCUAUUACAUAGUUUAUCAACAAUGUCAUGCUGUAUGAGAACGAAAUCUCCUUGCCAGAUGAACUUGAGGUGAAGAUUAACUCCAAUACUUCUUCAGCGGAAGAAUAUCAGUAAGUGCAUUACACAUCACAAUUGUAGCUAAUAGAUUUUUUUUCUCACUAAUUGCUCAAUACUUUAACUUUGUAUACAGGGCAAAUGUGCCUCUUCUACCAGUGUAGGCCUGUGUCCACUCACUGCUUGAUGUUUCCCCUAUUGACGUUGUCUACCAUCCCUCUUAGGUUAAAGAUUUCCUGCUACUAUGUGGUCAACAUCACUCACACAUUGGCCUUCCGUACUAGGCUGCACAACGAGCCUGUUGCCGAGACUGGGACCGGUCGAAUAAUGGUCAGAAUGAGACUCGCGCAGGGUAAGAGUGCACAAAUUCAGAAUUUCAACUUUACCUCUAAAUUCUAGUAACUCCUGAAAAUUGAAUAUAAUAUUGGAGAACUUGGAAGGUCUCCUUUGGUACAUUGAUAAAUUGUACAAAACCAUUCCCAAAAUGUAAGCAUUAUUGUGGUAUGUUACUCUUGCAUUCUGAUUGGCUUGGUGGAAAUGUUUCCAAUCCAUAUUGUGUCCAUUUAUCCAACAAUCUUAGAUCUACAGGUGUGGCUAGGAGUUGAUUUGGGAAUUCGUCAGCCUCUAGUUGGGAUAGCGUUAGCUAUAAAUGGGUUGUGUUUAUUGGGGCACAACAGUAUCCCAAAACGAGCAUUUCUUAAUGGACAAGUUCAGAUGGUACCUUCCUGUUUUGUGCCCACUGAACACUAUCCCGGUUGUCUCGUUCUGUGUUCCAGAUGCCUCCUAUAACACGUUCCACCAGGAGGAGGACUAUCCAUUGGUGAGGUACCUGAGACAGCCUCUGCACUUCGAGGCGGAGCUGACCAGUUCCGCUGACCCCCAGGUAGCGCUGGUGCUUGACCACUGCUGGGCCACCCUCAACGAGGACCGCGACUCCCGACCCAGAUGGAAUCUCAUCAUUAAUGGGUAA